AUGCAGCAUGUUAAGAUGGAGCCUGGAGUGUUGAUGGAGGUGUUCAAAAUGUUAAAGCUGAAGGCAGAGGGAAUGAACAACAUGGAAAGGGAAUGUGUACUCACACUGGACGAGAUGGCCAUCACUCCAGGUGUGGAGCUGCAUAUGGGAACGGGGAGACUAUUUGGCAACGUAACACUUCCUGGUCACACAGGGCAAGCAACGCAUGCCUGUGUGUUUAUGCUCGCUGGUGUAACAACACGCUGGAAGCAAAUUGUUGCUUACCACUACAGCGGUAAUUCUACAGAUGGCUCAGUUUAUCAGCCCAUCAUCAUUGCCAUCGUAGAAGCUGCAGCAUCUGUGGGGCUUCAUGUUAUAAAUAUCACCAGUGACAUGGGGAGUCCCAAUCGGGCAAUGUGGAAGUCAUUUGGGGUGACCCAGGAUAAGCCAUGGAUACCCCAUCCUGUUGAGCAACACAGGCGGCUCUAUUUCAUGGCUGAUGUUCCACAUCUUGUCAAGAAUUUGAGAAGUGCCCUCAUCCGGGGUCAAACCAUCACCAUUCCACAAGAUGUGGUGCACAAAGAGCAGCUGGCGUCCAGUGUCGUAUCUGUUGAUCCCCUAAAGGAUCUUGUUUCCUUCCAGGAGAGCAUGGAACUUAAACUGGCACCAAAACUGUCCCGUGCCAUCCUUGAGCCUAACCAUUUUGAAAAAAUGAAGGUUAGUUCUGCGAUGCAUAUUUUCAGCAAGGCAACGAGUGCUGCCCUGAGGUACCUUGUGGAGGAGGAGCAGCGACCACAAUCCUACCUUGUGACAUUAUGGUUUUUGGAGAAGAUGGACCACUGGUUUGACCUCAUGUCUUCCCGGAAUGUUGUUACUGCUCUCAGCCUGUUCAAAAUGGAGGAGUAUGAGAAAGCCAUCCACUUUCUCCAGGACAGCAUCCAUCGUUUCGGGGCCUGA